AUGUCGACCUCAUACACAGCCCAACAAGUUAUUGAUGUGCUCGGUCUGACACCACAUCCAGAGAAAGGCUACUACAUACAGACGUUUAAAGAUCCAAAGACACUGGCCGAUGGUCGAGCAUCUAGCACUUGCAUCUACUACCUCCUCGAGGGCAGUUCUGGCCUGUCGCACUGGCAUCGUGUUCUCGAUGCCGUCGAGAUUUGGCAUUACUAUGCGGGCGCACCACUGCAGCUUUCUCUAUCCUGGGACGACGGCAAGCCCACUCGUGAUGUGGUCCUUGGCCCAGAUAUUUUGAAAGGCGAGAGGCCGCAGGUUAUCGUUGAACGUGGGGAAUGGCAACAUGCGCUGUCGCUGGGCGACUGGACACUUGUAGGCUGCACCGUUGCACCAGGUUUUGAGUUUGAGGGGUUUGAGAUGGCCAAUCCAGGUUGGGAGCCCAAAAGCUCAGCAAAGACGGAAUAG